GUCUUCCGCAGGCGGCGUCUCCGGCUGGUGUCUGCGCUCUCCCAGGGGUCAGCCCGGGGUGAGCCGGUGCAGUCGAGGCUGGGGACGCCGGCGCGCAGGCCAUGGCCUCCCCCGGGCUGCCGCAGCCCCCGGCCGAGGUCUCGCCCUGGCCUCUGCGCCUGCUGCACGCGCCUCCCGGGAUGCUGCGGCUGGACUCCAUCGGCGGCACGCUGCUGCUGCUGCUCGGCCUCGCGGCGCUCCUCGGCUGGAGCUGGCUGUGGCGGCACCGGGCGCGGGGCAUCCCCCCCGGACCCACGCCCUGGCCCGUGGUGGGCAAUUUCGGCUUCGUGCUGCUGCCACCGUUCCUCCGACGGAAGAGCUGGCUGCAGCGCCGGGCGAGGGCCGCAGGAGUGGAGCCCUCGGCCCUGGGCCCGCAGUUGUACCUGGCCGACCUGGCCCGCGUAUACGGCAACGUCUUCAGCUUUUUCAUCGGCCACUACCUGGUGGUGGUCCUCAGCGACUUCCAAAGCGUGCGCGAAGCGCUGGUGCAACAGGCCGAGAUCUUCAGCGACCGCCCGCGGGUGCCGCUCGUCUCCCUCGUAACCAAGGAGAAGGGGAUUGUAUUUGCACAUUAUGGUCCAGUCUGGAGACAACAGAGGAAGUUCUCUCAUUCAACUCUUCGUCAUUUUGGCUUGGGAAAACUUAGCUUGGAACCCAAGAUUAUUGAGGAGUUUAAAUAUAUAAAAGAGGAAAUGCAGAAGCAUGGAGAAGACCCCUUCAACCCUUUCCCCAUUCUCAACAAUGCUGUCUCUAACAUCAUUUGCUCCCUGUGCUUUGGCCAGCGUUUUGAUUAUACCAAUAGUGAGUUUAAGAAAAUGCUCAAUCUUAUGUCACGAGCAUUAGAAAUCUGUCUCAACACCCAGCUCCUCCUGGUCAACAUAUGCUCCUGGCUUUAUUAUCUUCCCUUUGGACCAUUUAAAGAAUUAAGACAGAUUGAAAAGGAUAUUACCACUUUCCUUAAAAAAAUCAUCAAAGACCAUCGAGAGUCUCUGGAUGUGGAGAAUCCUCAGGAUUUCAUAGACAUGUACCUUCUCCACGUGGACGAGGAGAGAAAAAAUAAUAGCAAUAGUAGCUUUAAUGAAGAUUAUUUAUUUUAUAUCAUUGGGGAUCUCUUCAUUGCUGGAACUGAUACCACAACUAACUCCUUGCUUUGGUGCCUUCUUUAUAUGUCACUGAACCCUGACAUACAAGAAAAGGUUCAGGAAGAAAUUGAAAGGGUCAUUGGUGCUGACAGAGUCCCUUCCCUCACUGACAAGGCCCAGAUGCCCUACACAGAAGCCACCAUCAUGGAGGUGCAGAGGCUGACUGUGGUGGUGCCACUUGCCAUUCCUCAUAUGACCUCAGAGAAAACAGUGCUCCAAGGAUAUACCAUUCCUAAAGGCACAAUGAUAUUACCCAACUUGUGGUCAGUACACAGAGACCCAGCCAUUUGGGAGAAACCGGAUGAUUUCUACCCUAAUCGAUUUCUGGAUGAUCAGGGACAACUUAUUAAAAAAGAAACAUUUAUUCCUUUUGGGAUAGGGAAGCGCGUGUGUAUGGGAGAACAGCUGGCAAAGAUGGAAUUAUUUCUGAUGUUUGUGAGCCUAAUGCAGAGUUUCACAUUUGCUUUACCGAAGGAUUCUAAGAAGCCCAUCCUGACUGGAAGAUAUGGUCUAACUUUAGCCCCACAUCCAUUUAAUAUAAUCAUUUCAAAGAGAUAAAGAACGUGCCCAAGAAGAGGGUGUAAAUACAUCUCCUUCUGAGCAGAUUCUUCCUCUGCAGUUGACAGCAGACCCAGCAACGCAGUGGGUCCGGGUCAGGCUCAGAUGAGAGGGAGACCGGAAAGAGGGUGGAGCUUGAUUCUUCAACAGGGUGUGUCUGUCAUUUUAGUAAUGUGCGUCUGUGACUUACGGAAUGGGGACCAAAGUGCUGGAUCAGGAAGAAGAGAUCUGUAGUUUAUGGAGUUUAUUGGAGCUCCCACCAAUGAACAUUGCUUCUCAUCUUUCAGUGCCUCAGUCAUUCUGUGUGUAAAAUGAGGUUAAGAAAAUUCUCCUUCUCUAUGUUUCAGCACUAAAGAAGGGCAAAGACCCCGUAUCUUUUCUUUUCUGACCUCACCAAAACACUGUUAGUUUCUGGAGAACAAAUUCAGAAGUAGAAGGAAGUUCUGCCCGUUUAAGACCUGUGACAAUACGAAAGUAGUGUUCAGACUUGAAUACUUUGUCAGAGAAGGAUGUGGGUUUAGGCAAUGAUGAGUUAGAGCUUUUCUCUGAACAGAUCUUAUGUCGGUUUGGUGUAAGGGCUUGUUCUGUUACUGUUAUCUUUUUUGUUUGUGAUGUAGUUUUUACGUUUUGUAGACGUGGACUCAAGUGCCCUUGUCCAGUGUGUAGCGUAAAGGUUAUUGUUUGAAUUUAUAUGUCUACCUUCUUUUUUUUAAGUUUAUGUAUUUUGAGAGAGAGAGGAUGCGUUGCAUGUGCUCGCGUGAGUGGGGGAGGGGCAGAGAGAGAAGAAGAGAGAAUCCCAAGCAGGCAUCAGUGUGCAGCCUGAUCCCGUGAACCUCAAGAUCACGACUUGAGCUGAAAUCAAGAGUUGGGCGCCACCCAGUGCCCCGUACGUCUACCUUCUAUUUCAACUUUAGAAACUGUGAGCCUGGCUGAAGAGGUGGCUUCAAGGCAGAGCUCCUUUCUGCUCAGCUACUUGCAGAGCUGUAGCUCUGCCUUUUGACUUGAGCCCUGAAUAGUGAGCUUGGGCAUUUUGAUACUGGGAUUCAUCAGGGAAAGAUUCAAACUGUGCUGAACAUCCCUUUUGUGUUCUCUCUUCCACUAGGCUUAAUAUGUCUCAUCUUUGAGUACUCUCAAAGACAAAGAGUCAUUCUUUUUUUUUUAACUUUAUUUUUGAGAGAGAGAGUGUGUGUACACACGCUCACUAGUGGCGGGGGGGGGGGGGGGAGUAGAGAGAGAGGGAGAGAGAGAAUCCCAAGCAGGCUUGGCGCCGUCAGCACAGAGCCCGAUGCGGAACUCGAUCUCAUGAACCACAAGAUCGUGACCUGAGCUGAAACCAAGAGUUGGUCACUUAACCAACUGAGCCACCCAGGUGCCCCAAGAACUACAUUGCUUCUUAAUAAAGAUGGUCCCUCUAGAAUAGCAGUUCUCAAAAAAGGUAAUGACUCCUUCCAGGGCAUGUUUGGAAAUGUAUAAGUGCAUGUUUGGGUGUCACAAUGAUGAGGGUGCUAUUGGCCUUGCCAUGUGGCCAGGAUGCUAAAUGUCUGAGCAGACCUGUACAAUGAGGAAUAAUCCUGCCUAGUAUGCCAGGUAGUUCCCCCAUUGAGGAUAUGCUCCAAAGAAUGACCAGCCCUUUCCUUGAUUCUUCCAUAGUACUCCUUAUAUAGAAGCAAUCAUGAUAAGAAUAUGAAAAACCACAGUUUGGAAACUUUCCUCAUGCUGGCCCCAUACUUACUUCAUGCUUUACUGGCAUGCUUACAUAAUUCUUAAAGAAACUCUGUUAAGAUGUUAUUUUGUAGGUGAUAGAGCUGAAAGUCGGAGAAGUUAAGGUACAUAGCUAGAAAGUAACCUUGUUCAUUUCAAACCUACCAGUCCCUAGGACCAGAGAGUUCUUUCUGAACCACUUCUCUGUACUGCACCACUUGAUCCCGUGAGAGCCUACUCUGCGUUUUCAAUACAGAAAGACAGGCAAAUCUCUAGGUGCCUUGAGGAUUUUUAUCAACUAAAAAAGAAAAACUAAUUAACUAAAUGCCCCGGAAUUGUGAGCAAAUGGAGUGGUUGUUGUGUAGAUUUUUGAUGAGACGAUGCAUGUGUGGUUAACGCACUUUGAACAGGACAAUUUGUCUCUGAUCUGGAAUUUUAUAUGUUUUUGAAUUGCACUAAUGUCACAUUAGCAACAAGUUUAUUACUCCUUAAUUGAUAAAUACAUUUUCAACAUUCCUAACCAGUUUGUAGCUUACUUGAAACAAAACAAAACUGUACUGUGAGAUUAUGUUGGAAUCAGAUGCUCAUUAAACUUUUAAAUAUAAUGCCUCAGACUGUAGCACUUUAAAUACCUCUUUAUAUGGUAAGUCACUGAAAGGACUGUUAAUGCUUUCCUUGUAUAUAUUGACAUUUUAUGAUUUUGUACUUUAUGAUUUAUUUAAAAUGUAAAAAUAAUGGUAUUUGGUUUUAUAUAUCUUCUUAAUAUCUAAUCUUUAGUCCUCUUUUUUUAGCAUAAUUUUUGGUGCUCUUAUUAAACUUUCAAUUUUAAUGGAAAUUAACUUUAAUGGAAAUUAAAAUUAGUAUCAUGUC